ACUCUCAAGGCAUGGUUAAAUUAGAUGCACAACUAAAUGAAUUGCCGGAUUCAGAGGAGUGGACAGAGAAUCUUGUGAGAGUUUCACCGAUACAAAACCAAAUUGAAAAAAUUCCUUCAAGCUAUUCACCAAGGUAUCGUGGACUCAAUGCAUGCGGUCAGAAGAUGUUUCCUACCGGGAUAUUGCCUAAACUCCCUCACCUGCAAGUCCUCGUACUACAGCAACCGGUUCUCGAUGGAUUUGGUGUUUGGCGUGCAGCUCCAGUAACCGUUAAAGGAAAAGAAGUAGCAUACUUGAGGAAGUUGGAAACUGAAGAUGAAGACAAGUGAAACGUUUAGAGAGGAACACCUCAUCCAUUUCUGGCAAUUUCAGAUAUAAGGUUUUCUCGAUGCCUUCAUACUCCAUAUUUUUGUUGUUAUCCUCGAAACCUUAUAGCUUCUUCUUCUUCUAGUUUAUUGAUUGCUCUGUUUAUUUAUUAUUUUUAUCAAUAUAUAUAUUUCAUCUG